ACUUCACAAAACUUAGAAGACAUAAAAAAUGAUGUCCUCUUCAAAGUUCCACUGCAUUUUUCUCCUCUUAUGUGUUGCCUCGUAUUUAUCAGUUAUCAUGGCUUCCCUAGGUGGCGACGCUAAACCCUCAGUUUCCUCAGUUUUCCCAACGGCAAGUCUUGAUCAAGCUGUUACAUGUCCAGUGCCUCAAAGCAAUUGUGCAAAUGAGUGUGAUCGUAGAUGUUCGAAUACAGAGCACUUGAACAAUUGUUUGUUGUUCUGCAACAAAUGUUGUGAGAAAUGUCUGUGUGUGCCGCCGGGAACCUAUGGAAACAAGGAUUGUUGCCCAUGCUACAAUGACUGGAAGACUCAGGAAGGAGGCCCCAAAUGCCCUUGAUAUGCUCCUUAUUUUUGUAUUAUUUAUCUACGACAAAAUCGUCAAAAAUAAUUGAUGUACUUUUAUUUCUCGAAAAAGAUUAGCCAAAGUAUUUGCGACAAUAUUUCCUAAUGCACUAUUAUAAAUUGGACAAGUGAAUUUUAUUUAGAAAA